AUGAGGGAGUCAACUACAGGGAGUGCCACAGCCGAGGAGGAACCCGAGCAGCAACCGCCAACAUCACCUCCACGAAGGAGGCCGACCGGGGUCACGAUCAAGGAACCUGUUGGCACUCCUCCAGCAGAGAGGCCCUCCGUCCCCUUGAGGAAAGGACAAAAGAAGGCCACCAAGCCUGUCAAACACUCAGACGAGUCUUCAGAUGAUAAUGACAUGGACUCUGUAAAUGUGUUCGAUAUUUACAACACUCCUGAGGCUGCCACGGAUCCCCCGAGCAAAAAGAAGACAAGCAAGAGGCACCACAAGGAAAGCAACAAAGCGCUUCAGGCGAAGAAGCCUCGCAAUGCAGGCUCUCCAGAGGAUAGGCCCUCCGCCACCACAACUCCAUCCUCUCCUCGUGAGCAGCAGAUUCCUCCUGCUCCAGCUGGAUCGACUCCACCUCCCACGGCCCCGACCGACCAAACCUAG